GAGAGGAUGGGAAUGUGUAGGGAAGGAACAUGGGAUGGGAAAGAGAAGCUCUGGGGGCAGGAUGUGAUGGGCAGAGGGAUCAGAAAUGAGAUAAAGGGAGAUGGAAGGGCAAAGGGAAAUGGAAUAGGGGCAGAAGAGAGGAGGGAUCUGAGCAUCCAGGAAAGGAAAGGAGAUACAUCUGGAGCAGAUGAUCUCUGAGGAUGCUUGAGUGGGAGUGGGAAGGAUCAGGCCAUGCAAAACAGGGAGUGGAGGGGGUCUGAGGAUGCCAAGAGGGAAGCAGCGGGAUCAGAACUGCAGGUCAGGUGGGAACAGAGUGUGGCUGUGCACCUCUGUGGGCCUUUCUGUGCUUCCUGGGCUCUCCCCGUGUGUUUUGGGGAGCCCUGGACCCCUCGGUGUGCUCCCUCUGCACCCUGGCUGUCCCUUAGAGGGUAUCCCAACCCCUGGUGUCCAUUUUGGGGUAACCCCACCUCUUGGUUUUUUUGUGCCAUGCCCAGGCCCCAGCGCUGCCUUUGGGUGCCUGUGGCCCCUGGCUGUGCCUGUUUGGGCUCCCCACAGCCCUCAAGGAGCCUUUUGGGGUGCACAGAGCCUCUCCAUGGGAUUUUCUGUGUCGCAGAGCCCUGGGUGUGCCUUUGGGCUCCUCUGCACACCCCAGAGUGCGUGAGCUUUGCCUGGGCUUUACAGGGUGGGGUGUAGUGCAUCCUCAGCCCUCUGGCUGUGCCCUGGACUACCCCAGACCCCGGGAUAGGUAUCAGGAACACUCCCCUGGAGGGCUGAAGGGUUUCAUCCCUUCUGAUGGGGCAGAACUGGCUCAGCCACACUCAGGGAGAGGCAGAGUCAGGUCUUAGAAGGGGCACAAACCAUCAGAGACCCUGAAGGGCGCACAGACUCAUUUCUGGGCCUUCCACCAGAGGACUGGGCAUGACCCCAGUGUUACAUCAGACAGUGUAAAACUCCUGACCCCAGGGAAGGUACCUGGGUGUUCCCACCGAGCCUGAGCCUGUAUUAACCUACUGAACUUUGUGUUUUUGGACCCCACCCCUGAUGGAUCCAGACUGUGACCAUCACUUUGACCAUGGACACCGAAAUUGCAACAACCAAGUCUUGUCACUGAGCUUGUCACUCAUGGGUGGUGAGACCUUUCCUCUCCACUCUCUACUCUUAAUCUUUCUUUUUUUUCUUUCUUUUCCUUAUGUAUUUUCUAAAGUGUUAUUUUUAUACUUUUAUAUUGGUAUAUCUCUAAAGGAAAUAACCAAAAUGGCCACAUAGGUGAGUUCCAUUGCAACCAAAGUGUUAAAAUAAAUGUGACAUAUAUAUAAAUAUGUAUGUAUAUAUGUAUAUAAACACCAAUCAUUCAACGUCCUUUCACUCUCAUCCAUUCCAAGGGUGCCUCAAGAGCCUGGGUUAUCCCACCUCAGAGAUGGCUCGGAACAGCUCCAUCAGUUCUCCCCCACCUCACAGCAGCUCUGUGCCCACACAACAGGAUGGGCAAUUUUCCACAACCUUCCAUUGCCUCGAGGUUUGUCUUGUAGCGAGGGGCCCAAAACAACCACAGUACUCGAGGUAGGGCCUCCCCAGUGCUGGAAGCAUGAAACAGGGAAGAAAAUGCAAAGCUUCAAAUGUGACAGGGCCUGUGGUGCAGAUGCAGAAUGCGAGUGCAGUCCUGCAGUUUGUGUUGCUGUGGCAUUGAGAGGAACGUGGAGCAGGGCAUGGUCUCGUUUUUCUGCUUGAUACCCAACAACCCCUACCAAGGAAUACUCCAUACACUGGGACCACAGAGAACAGGAGGUUUGACCACGAUCCCACCCACAGCACUUAGCAUGGUCGUGGUUGAUAAGGUAUGAAAUGUACCCCAAUUUUGUACCUACCUAGGGGAUGAGAGUUCAACCUGGAAUUUGGAGGGACAAUUUGAUGGGGUUGUCCCCUUCAUCCUGCCCAGAAGGGAUGUCCUUGGGUAGUCCCCUUUCCCCUUCCCAGAAGGGAUACCCCUGGGUAAAUUCCUGGGUAAAGCCACGUCGAGUUUUUUGACACAGGAAAUGAAUCUAUGAUGGCGAUGGCAUUGUUGGAGCUCUCUGGGACUGUGCUGCAGGUUUGUUUUCUUUAUGCCCAGCAUAGGAAUGGAUCUGGUUCAGGGUAACUGGGAUCCCCGUAACUGGUAAUCACUUAGCCAGUUAACUGGGAUCAGUUACCCUGUGUGUCACAUUCAGUGAACCCUGCUCUGGGUGAACCCCACCAGAACUACACUUCAUGGACUAUUUGUGCAUCCAACAUCAGCCCUGUGGCUGUUUUUGCAAUAACCUAUUGUGGUACAUCCUCCUCCCCCUGCUCUAUGGGAGCUCCUGAUAAGCACCUGAUAAGGUGAAGUAUCCCCUGACCGUACCAGGAACUCCUGAGUGCAACAGGAACAGCAGCUGCCUGUCCAAGGUGGGGAACAAAGGAUAAUCAGGCAUUCCCUGACAGCCUUGGAACAGUCCCUACAUAAGUCAGAGCCUGAGUGGAACGGCACCAUUGGUGCUGGAGUUUUGAAAACAAUUUCCAGAUGUUUCAGAUAACUUUGAUUCUGGCCAUGAUGGAAACUUACUGAUGACUGAAGCCAGUCAUCUCCUGACCCUGCAAACACCAGUGCCUUGGAGGUCUCCUGUGCUGCAGCUCCGUGCCUGUGUAGGAAUGAGGGCCACAACCUAAGGGAUUUCCAUGGGAUAUGUGGUGAUGGGAGUACCUGGGUGUGAUCGCCUGCGGAGGGGGUGAUGGGUUAUCAGGCAGAGGCCUAUCCUUGGAAUCUGCCAGGUGGAAGAGGGAGUGAUGCUCAGGUGUCACGUUCUGUUCUGCCCUUGCCAAGACCCAGAGCCUUUGUAAUCUCUCUCAUUAUGACUCUUGAUAUCCCUCAUUUACAGAUAAAUUGGCUGCUCCUCCCUCCUCCCCAAAGCGGGGACACCCCUUAUCAAAGAUUUGUGUCUCCAGCUGCAUCAAAGAAUUCCUGGGAACAUUUGUCUUGUGCAGCUUUUGCAGGUCAGUGCAUUUAUCACUCUCAGUCUAACAAGAGUCUGUAACCCGCUGCUCCAGUAAACUGCACUGUUGGUGAAUCUGUGUUUGUGAAAGUUCCCACUGGAUGUGACCACACCUGCCAGGUGGAACUGGCUCCUAUCAGGAAUUCAGCCCUGCUGCCUGCAGCCCGUCUGAUCCCUCAGGACCAGCUGGGACACUAGGUUUGUUUUCUGCCAAAUUUCUAACUUGUAACACAGCAAUUCCCAGUGUCCGUGUAAAUCAUUCUGAAUUGAUUUCCAUCCGAUUUUCCCAUGUGCUUCACCAGCGGUUGUGGGAGACUUGUCGGGAAGGGCAGUGGCUGGGUGGGCCAGCCCCUCAAAAUGAUAAGUACAGCCUCCUAGCACUGUAGGGUGAAGCCUGGGGGCAGGGGCGUGUCUGUGUGUGGCUCUGCACCCCUCGGUGAUGCAUGUGAGGUCACAAUGGGGCGUUCUGCUUCCAUGGAACCGUAACACCCACUUCCCUGAGAGCCAGAGACCAGCCCAGCUGUGGUGCCCCGCUGUACCAACAGGUCCCCCCGUCCUGGGGCCGUGGUGGGAUGGACAGGAGGAGAGGAAGAAGUCGGGCAGGAGGAGCCGCAGCCACGACAGAGGUUUACCCUAGCUUCCUCCUCGCGCUGUCUCCGGACCUUGUGUACUUCCACAAAGAUGAAAUCACUAAAGUUUGGGAUUGUGUGUCUGAAUGCUAUCGCCAAGACCUGCUGCUGAAGAAGAGAGUUGGGCUGAUGGGCCUGGGUACCAUACACAUUAUGAAAAGACCCAUCUGGCAUGGAGAAGGGGAAGGCUUCAUGGUGGACAGUCUGGAGUUUGAUCUGAACAAGCCGUUGCUGGUGGGGAAGAAGCUCCUCUGUGGGAACAGCCCUGUGCCUGGGCUCUCCAAGACCAAUGAGUUGGUCUGCGCUGAGGUGUCCUUGCGCCUGCACAAGCCCAAGGCCACCAUCAUGAUGUGCAUUGAGGCCACUUUAAAGAUCUGUGUGUGGGCCUUGGCCAGUGGCCAGAACUUCGACUUUGUGUUCAAGGACAUUGGCGUCCUGGUCUGCCGGGGAAGCCACGUAGCCAUGAGGUUCUUUGAAGGCUUGAUCCGAGAGGUGGCUCAGUCGGAGCACCUGGCAGAGGGUUUGCUCCAGUCCCCAAAUCUGAAGCCAUUAUUCAUAGACCACACAGAAGAGGACAUUUCCCAGAUUCCUCCUGGAGGUGUCCUUGUGUUGCCGCACUUUGUGCAGGCAGAUGGGAAGUCCCAGCCACAUCCUGUAAGCGCUUCCCUACUAGGCAGUGGAACCACAAGCAAAACCAACACCAAGCGCCGAACAACUCCAGGGAACCCUCCCAGCCAACACCUCCUUCUUCGUCCGCGUCUUUCUCCAAGUCGGAUAUGUGACGUGAAAGUGAAGGGAAGAGAAAAGAAAAAGGUUGAUGGUGGAGUGCAGAGAGGGAGUUUGCUGCCUCCAAUUGAGAACUCUGGGAAGAAGGGCAGAGCCACCGAGGGGAUGGAAGCACCCAAAGCUGGGCUGGCAGCUCCCACCAGGCAGGGCAGACGUGUCCAGCUUCCACCCCUGGCAGAGCAGAGGAGUCUGAGGAAGGCUGCUGCCUCCUAUCCUGGAGGAUUUGAAAGGCUAAGGAAGGAGAGAGUGGCUGCUGUAGCAGGAGUGGCUGCUGCUCUGUCCCCAGAGAGAAAGGAGGAGAAGACACCGUUCCCUCGUGGGGGGAGACCACAGCCAAGGACCCCACGAGCAAAACAGGUCCUGCUAAAUCUGAAGCCAUACAAAGUUGCCCGGGAGCAGUGCAAGAAGGCCUUGCAGAUCAACUUGUUACGGAAAUGGUCCUACGACAAUUUCCUUGCUCCUGAUUCUGAGUUUGGUGAAGCAGCUGGAGCUCCACAAACAGAGAACAGUGGAACUGAGACAUGGGGGCAGCCACAUGACACCACGGAACAAGGAAUACCACAUGACACCACGGAAAAAGAAAUAAAGACCUAGAAAUC